UUUCCACGCGCUGUUCAGCAAAGUAAGCGUAAUUUCGGAUGCAGAACAAGCGCAGCUGUCAUGGCAUGAUCAUUCAAGGCGCAGUGACUGUCAUCGAGCCCCGAUGUCAACUUCGUUCCUUCGCGAACAACGUCAAUCGUUCGAAACGGGGUGUAAUCGUACGACUCGGUGAAGUUUCUGAUACGUCCACACGCUCUGCCGCCGCUGCCGCGCAGUGAUCGUAAUCUCGGAUGCGAAAGUUGCCCAGGUAUCAUGGCAUGAUGUUGGAAAGGAUAGGCCCGAGCACCCUUGACCCUGUCAGACAGGCAAUCAUUGGAGCUCGCAGGCUGGGUCCCGUGGGCCCUUGGGAUCAUGCAUUGCCGUGGCCCGUCUGGCGUUGAGAUGUCUGAGCUUCAGUAUUUUGAUUCCGGGCUGGGUCCAGUAUUGCAAUGGAGUCUGAACUCUGGACCCACGGCGUGUGAGCGGAGUCGCACAGUCAGAAGUCACGACGAGGCAUUCGGUCCUGGCGUUUCCCACAGGUCUCCUUUCACAACCCGCUGAAAACGCCGCUCCCGGUUUUCCUUGCUCGCCAUCGCAAUGCCUCGUCCUCUUGAAGACGGACAUUGAGACCGGCCGAGUGAUGACCAUCGUGCAAUGUUGCUUGGAGGGCGAGCAGUGCAUCGUCGGUCAGCAUGCGUACACAAGGUUGAGGCUGUAUCCGCGUCUUGCGAGGUCGUGGUUAGAUCGUGCUGGCGAGCUGGCG